AUGGAUCUUGAAACAGAAAGUAUACCUCGGCUGGAACUGGAGGCUGUUAUUGGCUUUAACGGACAUGUUUCUUCUGGCCUAAGAGUCCAUCCAGACAACGAACACAUGAUCUACCCUCUUGGAUGCACAAUCAUUCUGAAGAGAAUUAAAGAUGGCAAACAGGAGUUCUUACAUGGCCAUACAAACAAUGUAACCUGUAUUUCAGUGUCAAAAAGUGGACUGUAUAUUGCCUCUGGACAGGUCAACUUUAUGGGCUUUAAGGCUACAAUAAUAAUCUGGGACUAUGCGACCCGAACAAUCUAUACAGAGCUGGUGCUCCACAAGGCAAAGGUAGAGGCACUGGCCUUUUCUCCUAAUGACAAGUACCUGGUGUCCCUUGGGGGUCAAGAUGAUGGCAGUAUAGUUGUGUGGAAUAUUGAGACUAAGCAAGCUAUAUGUGGGAGUCCAGCUUCAGCGCAGAGUGCUGGUCACUCCCUGAUUUUGCAAUACUCAAACACAAAUGAUAACAUCUUUGUGUCAGCAGGGAGUGGAACGUUGCGAGUUUGGGAACUGGACCUCCCCAACAGAAAGAUCAGGCCCACAGAGUGUCAGACAGGCAAGCUCAAGAGGACUGUGAAAUGCUUAGAGAUUUCAGAGGAUGAUCAGUUCAUUUUCUGCGGCACCAUGAGUGGAGACAUAAUGAAAGUUAAUCUGAAGACAAAGCUUCUGAAUCACUGCGGUCCAGCUAAAUCAAAAUACAGCAUGGGUGUCAAUGUCAUAAAUAUACUGAAGUCUGGGGACCUACUUGUAGGCUGUGGAUCUGGCACUGUCACUUUGUGUUCUGGGACUAACUUCAGAACUCUUAAGAAAGUCGAUCUGGAAAAGGCAGUAACCUCCAUUGCUACAUUAGGAGAUGGAAAGGAGUUUUUUGUUGGCACAGAGGCUGCUCAGAUGUACCGCUUCAAUUAUGAGAAAUUCAAAGUGGAACUCAUAUCCACCAGUCAUAAUGAUGCUGUCAAGGACGUAGCCAUCUUGUUUGGAACAUCUGAACUUUUUGCAACCUGCUCAGAUGAAGAUAUCAGAGUGUGGUACACAGGCAAGCCUAAAGAGCUGUUGCGCAUCACUAUACCCAAUGUGACCUGCAAUUCGGUGGACUUCAUGUUUAAUGGACAAAGCAUCAUCAGUGCAUGGAAUGAUGGUAAGAUUCGUCUGUUUGGACCAGAAAGUGGAAAACUCAUGCUCAUCAUUCACAAUGCACACACAAUGGGUGCAACGGCCAUUGCUGGCACAAGGGAUUGCAAAAGGAUUGUCAGUGGAGGGGGAGAAGGACAGGUGUGUGUUUGGGAGCUGAAGCCACGUAGCUAUCGGUUGCUGGAGGCCAUGAAAAAGCACAAAGCUGCUGUCACUUGUCUCAAAAUCAAGAGUGACGACACAGAGUGUGUCUCUGCAAGCUCUGACGGUACCUGCAUCAUCUGGGACAUAGUGCGAUUCGUAGUUCGUCAAAUGAUGAUUGCCAACACACUGUUCCGGACUGUGUGCUACCAUCCAGAGGAAUUUCAGAUCAUCACCAGUGGCACUGACAGAAAGGUUGCCUACUGGGACGUGUUUGAGGGUAAAUCUGCCCUCAGAGAACUUGAGGCCUCGCAGUCUGGUGCCAUCAAUGGCAUGCAUAUCUCACAGGAUGGCAAAUACUUUGUGACAGGUGGAGAUGAUAAGCUGGUGAAGGUGUGGGACUACAUGUUAGGUGGAGUAACCCACGUAGGGGUAGCUCAUGGUGGCAGUAUUACCAGCGUGAAAAUCUGCUCCAACAGCCGCAACUUAGUCAGUACAAGUGCAGAUGGAGCCAUUCUUCGCUGGAAGUUCCCUCACCCUCCUUCCUCUUAACUGGAA